UAGUGCUGCCAUGAAUUUGUCAAGCCGUGCGCUGUCGUUGACGAAAGUCGAGGAAUUUUCAGCGAGAUUUAAUGUUCUCUGAUGUGUAUGUUCGAAGUGACAAGCGAUUAACGGUACUCCAUAUUAGUAUGAAUACCUGACGUGUAUAACACGGGCACGUUUAUCAUGAGAUGGGUUACGUAUAACAACGGGAAAUGUAAACGACACAUUCUGGACAGAGUAGCUUAAUUACCCAUUUGAAAUAUUUACAUUACAUAAAUGCAUUAAAAUAUAGAAAGGAUAUAUUUUAACCACAAAAAUAAAAAAAUAAAAAUAGAAAAUAUGGAAUAAAUCGCGGCUGCAGUUAUUGUAAAGCUUUCUGUAUUUCUUAGUGAUUGGAAGUGAUCUGAUUUCAUUGGUAGUAUUCAACAGUCGUUGAUACCACAGCCAAUCAAAGGGGCCGAUGACAGUGACGUAAAUUGGUUCAAGAAAUUUCUGUAGCGAGUUUGGUAACGGUUGAUCGUCCGAUUUUUUUAGAAUUAAAACUCCAAUCGAGUUUAAAUAGCACAUGUCCUAUUUCGUAACCUUAACCCCUCUAAACCAGAUUUCUGUCUGUUCUCGCCCGACAAGCGCGUUAACCUCUAACAGGAAGUAGGCGGGUUGUGGGGUCUCUGCUGUUCUCCUAUUGGUUUCCACUGGUUUCCACCUUUUUGUUUAAAUGUCUGGUGGUGACACUAAAUAAAGUGCGUAAGAAGCUUAAAGAGGGGCAAGAUGGUGACAAAGAGGAUCCGCUCGGAGUACAUGAAGAAAUUCAAAGACCCCAAAUGGGAGACUUACACCAAAUGUUAUGAGGCGAUGCUGAAGUACAGGCUGACCCGCAGGCUGCUGGAGCACACACACAACCCCUGGUUCUGGAAUGGCUCUGAGAGUGAUUCGGAAUCGGGAGGAAGAAGCCCUGCUCUUCCCAGUAAGAACCAGGUAGGGGCUGAAACCACCAGCGACAGAGCAGAGGUUGAGCUGGAGGAGUGUGAAGGGGCGAGGAUGGACAGACUGGAGCAGCAGGCCAGAACCACAGGGCCAGUACCCAGGCUUCCCAUUCAAGACAAGGAGGAGGAGGAGAAUGUAUCUGCUGUGCAGUCUUUAGUCCACGGGUUGGAAUCUAAUGGUACCAGGGAGAAAAGAGUACUGCAGGAGGAAGAAAAAGAGCAAAGAGUCAGCAGCAUAGGCAGCAAACAUAUAACAGUUCCUCAAAGAGACCAAGAGAAUGACAAACGAAAACCCCGAUCACAACAGAAGAAACCAUCCAAAACCACAAAACAAACCUGGCGCUCUCAGCGGGUGAAACCUUCCCCUUUAUGGCAGCCUAGAGAGGACAGUAAGGGCAGCAGACACCCUUUCGCGCUGUAUGGCUCUGGGGAAAAGGAUGCAGACAUUGCAGGCAGGAAGACUCACAAUGUUGGUCCUGCAGCAUCAACUAACGAAAUCCACGAAUCAGCUCUGCGAGCCAAGACUAGGCGGGAGGUGGAGCGUCAGAUCCAGACACAGCGAACUGAGCGGCGGAGAGCCAAGUCUGCAGACCUGGACAAAGUUAGGAAGCAGGUCCAACCUGAGUUCAACCCCUGGCUCACAGAGUACAUGCGCUGCUUUUCUGCUCGCUCCCGAUAGGACAGCUACAUUAGAAUGAUUCAUAGCAAAAAUCCCACAUUAACGCCAUCACUGCCUCUCACCUCUGAAGUGUAAACACCAAAAGUAGAAAACAGGGCAGCUCCUAAUUGUAUACCUUUCACACAUUUCUGAGCCAUCUGGGUGACUGUCAAAACCUUUAACAUUGACGUACACUGCAUGGCUUUUUAACCUAGAUCUGUACUGUCAUGUUUUUAUAUAAAUCUCUUUAAUAUAUAGAAUACAGUAAGAGAAAUUUUACAAGACAGAAGAUGCUUUUAGCAACUUUAGGAUCUAUGCAAAUUCUGUCAUAUGAAAAUAUUUAGAUGAGACUGUAUGGUUCAAAAUUAAUCUUACAGCCAUAUUUUGAUGCUUUUCCUUUAAAUAGACCCAUUGCAGGAUGUGUCAAUAUUUUUAUGCAGAGAAAUAAAACUCAGUGGGGACACACAGGGCUGUGAAGACAGAGGGCAGCACUUCUAAAUCUACUUGUAUUUUAAACACUUAAGCAAGAUGAACAAUAUUAUGUAUAAAACAUCCUUUGCAUGCAGUGCUGUCAAAAAUGCUGCUUUUAAUCACACACUUUUGUCAGAUUUAUUUGGUUUUCAGAGCAGAUGGACAUCCUUCUGUGUGUUAAGCACUACCAACACACAGGAACACGUCUGCUUUAUAGUUAGAAAGCGUUUCUAUUUUGGGGUCUUUAUCUGCUAUGAACUGGAUCUUGUUUGUGUUACGCCUGGUGGAUGAGUCCUGAUUGCCUUGCUUUAAAUGGACAAAUAAUCGCUUUGUACUAACAGUCAGUGUCACAUAUGUGUUGUGAUGAUUGUAUUUUCUCCUAAGCUUACAAACACUUGGAUUAUUGACUGUAAAAGGGUUUAUACUCAAUCAAAUUGGUGCUAAUAUGUUCUCUUAAAGUCACUAGAUGACUGUGGACAGUGCGCUCUUGUGGUACUGUGGAUACUGCCAUCUUUCUUUUACACAUUUGCUGAAUGUAGAACAUUUUCUAAUAAAAAAAUAACAUAAGAUUAUAAGCUUUCCAAAACCCAAAUCCAAACAUCUUUAUCAUUCCUUACUGAAAACAUUUUAGAGACAAAAAAGGAAGCACAACAACGCAAUGAAAGCUGAUGCAGCGUCUUCUAGUCCGAACUGAGUACAUACUCAUAAUUUGUGGUUUAGUUAUGACCAAACUGAACUGCUUAUUUGAUCAUGUUGCCUUUCUGAAAUAUUACAUAAGAAAAAUGGUUCAUAAUUGUAAUGAAAUAAAAUCAGCAAUGUGCCAUAAACAAUUGGAAAAGGUUUUAUUUACUUUUUUUGUAGCUUUAGUCUUUUUUGUAUUAUGGUUGUGAAUUUUGUAGAGUAAGCAGCUGAAAUGGGUGGAAUAUCUGUGCUGUACAUACAACCAUAUACUGUAUUACUCUAAGAAUAUUUGCAACUUUUAGUUUAGUAUUACGGCAUUAUGUAACUUGAAUUUUAUCAUGAUUUUUUGAUUGGGUUUAAGUUAUGUUAGACAGUUUUGUGCAAUAUUUACAAAAACAAUCAAAAACACUAACUGCAUUUGAGCCAUUUUGAUUAAAAAAUGUGGUAAACUUUGACAAUUGCAGAAUGCAGGAGUAAAUAGGACAAAAAAAACAAUUUAAAUUGUUGAUGAGACCAAACUAAGAAGCCAAGCUCUUGUUUAUAUUGUAGAAAAAUAUAUUUUUGAUGAGAUUCCUUUAUAUCUCACGAUUUUCUAGUUUUGUCAAUGUUCAACAGUAAGUAUUUAUUUACACUGUGAUGGCGUCUGCAUUCAUGAUCGUAUAACUUCAGGAGUUUAAUAAAGAAGAAAUACAUUGUGAUAAAUAAAAGGCUUCAUAGUGCAGGUUUUGCCAGUUUUGACUCAUUGCUUGUUAUUAAAAAUUUGAAUAUAAUGAAGGCAACGACAAUACUGUAAAACAUAAUCCUGUUACUUUUUCUUGGCUUUGAACAUACUGUGUGCGCAUAAUUAAAUAACUUAGAGGCAACAGCUGGACUUCAGUGGUGUGAUGUAAAGCUUUUAGUAAACAAAUUACCAUCAUUUUGUUUUUCUUUACUAAAUCAGACAAUAUCCCCAAAUUCUUGAACCUCAUUAAGCAUCACUAACUGGUUUCAAUGUGACCCAAUUCCUGAUGUGAUAUGUCGGUUUGUUUGUAGCUCAAUGCACAACAUCAGGUUUUCACUGUGCAGAGCUGAGUUUGUGAUUGUAAAUCCUGUUUUAUUUAUUCUGUUCCUCAGAGCUUCAACAAUCCAUUUGAAUAUGGUUUCAACUAACUUUUAUCUAGUCAUUUUGGACAAAGAAAGAAAAACAAAUGAAAACACAAUGGUGUAUUUGUUUUUAUUUCAAAAACAUAUGCCUUUUAUUAUACAUAAUAAAUUAAAAAUCUAUGAUAUUCGUAAUGACAAG